CCGCGUCUACCCUUUCCGUCAUUGAAAGUUGGAAAGUCCUCCUCUUUUCGGCUCCAGUGAACGCAGCCUUCCGUUAGUCAGCCCCGAGCGCAGACUGACAGGCGAGCGGCGGACCUGAUCAGAACCAUGAGGUUCGGACUGACGAUCGUGUUGUUGGGCUUCGUGUGCAUGUCGGAGUGUGCUCCCCCGACGUGUUACUCCAGGGCACUCGGCCUCAGCAAAGAAGUCAUGACCCUUUUGGAUAAGAUUCACACCUACCAUCGCACGAAAACGUGCGCUCGCCAUCUUCCCGCCAUCUUCCUGGAUGUGCAUAACUCCUGCAUCACUACCAAACUGCGCGACUUCCUCUACGUGGUGCUCAACCACCCCAGCCAGUACUGCAGGGAGCGGCCCAGGAUCGUGCUGCUCAAACGCAAAAUCCAGAACUUGUACUCCAUCAUCUCAAGGAUUUGUUACCGGGACCUGGUGUUUUUCACAGACGACUGCGAGGCCAUCGACACGGGACACAGCAGGCCUCACUUUGCAGAGGACAGGCUUCAGCUUCUGCAGGAAGAGAGAUAAGCAGCCCACAGAGUAGCCUGAAAGAAGCACUCAAAUACAAAUAUAAACAACUAGUAGUGUA